UUUAACGCUUCCAAUUCAACUUUUUUUACUUGCACAGAAUGUGGGCUCGACGCUUCGCUGGAAACCUGCUGCAGUCCCGUCUGCCAGCAGUCAACCUGUCGCUGCUUGCGCGGCCGUCCUCGCUCAGCACGCCCAGCGCUCUUGUCAAAACGCAGCAGCACCAGCAGAUUCGCAAUUACCAGAAUUUGCAGCCCCGCCGGCGGAAGCACAAGAAGGCGCAGAAGGGCCGCGUGCCUGUACGCACGGGCGGCAGCACCAAGGGCAACUACAUGGCGUUUGGCGAGUACGGUCUGCGCGUCAAGUCUGGUCUGCGUCUGCCGGCAAAGACGAUCACGGCCUGCUAUGCCACGAUCCGGCGCAAGCUGAAGCCAAUCAAGGGCCUGAAGGUGUGGCUGCGCGUGUUCCCCGAUAUCCCGGUGACGACCAAGGGAACUGAGGUGCGAAUGGGUAAGGGAAAGGGUGCGUUUGACUACUGGGCAUGCCGUGUGCCCAAGGACAAGAUCAUCUUUGAGCUGCAGGGCCCUGGCUUGAAUGCAGAGCUCGCCAAGGAUGCUCUGCGCCAGGCUGGAUUCAAGAUUGGUGUGCCGACAGAAUUUGUCAUCAAGAACGACGAGACGAAGCAGCCAAAGAAGGCUGAUCUGCCGCCGACAACCGUGCCGUUCCACCAUGCUAAAUGAGAUAAGUGUCUAUCAGAUAGAUACCAAAAAUAUGAGAAAACUGCAGUCUGCCU